UGCAGAAGUGUAGAGCCUGUUUACAAUCUUGCGACGUUUCUGCAAAGAGUAAAGUGAUAUCGUUUUGUCGUAGGUAUUUCAAGUGCUAAUUUAAUUAAUCGCGCAAUUGUUUCCGUGCUUCGUACGAUGCGUUCGGCCGGUGCGUCGGCCGAAUCGCGCGAGUUCUCGUGAUCUUCAGUUUCAGUGCAUGACAUAUUCGAGAUUUGCGUAACGGAGUCGUUAUGGGUGCAAAGGCGAGCACUGCGAACGGGGGGCAGAGUCCUCGCGCAAGGACAUUCUCGACUAGCUCCGGGUCGGACGUGGUGUCGGGCGCGGCAGGCUUUAGCUUGUUGCGAGCCAUCCCAGGGAUUCAAGUGUCGAAUGACCGGCAGCGCGCUCGGUCUCUGUCUUCAGUGCCGGACCUGCACGCUUCUCACGAAGCAAUAGCCAUACCCCCGAACUCGCAGAGCUAUGAGGCUUCUGCAGCUGCGAGCCCCGACACAGAUUCUAGUUCAAAUGAGGAAACUGGUGCCGGACCGGCGGCGUCGCUGGCUCUGGGCCGUGUUUACGCAGCGCACUCCUUGCCUUCACAUAUUUGGUCAAUAAAUGGUGAGUUUUUAUUUUUAUUUGUGCCAAAACAUGCUUGA